AUGCCACCACAGUUGUCUAUCAGUAGCUUAUACUCAGUUGGUUCAGAGCGCCAAUUGGAAAUUUUUCGAAUUCCUUCACAGUUUGACUGUGCUUUCAAGGGUGUUCUUAGCUUAUAUGAUCUUGGGGCAAUAAAAGUGGACAAGAAAAGCCCUCUUGAUUUAGACCAGAUUAAAGACAAUAUUAAUAAGCUGAAGAAAAAACUUAACAAAGCUAACAAGCCUCUUUAUCAGCAAUUAUAUUCUGCCAGCCAAGUCAUUAGUGAUGAUUCGAAACUUGUAAAACAAUUAAAUGAAAACUUAAAAAAGACAUUUGAGCAAAUGAAGCCUAAACUUAUGCCAAGGGUUAAAGAAAUAUGUGAAGAAUUCGUUUCAAGUUUUGUUAGUCACGAGUAUCAGAAUAUACUACCAGAAAAACAUAUCCAUGUCAGAACUUGGAAAGAAUCUGAGGAAGAAAUUGCAAGUGUUGUAAAAGAACUUUUUACUCUUCUGGAAGAGAUCUGGAUUAACCCAGCCUUCAAUUCUGAACUCGCAAAGUCAUUAAAUGAAGAAACCUAUCAAUUAACUAUAAUUUUAUUGUUAAUUCGAGUGAUACUAAAAAAUCUUCUUUUUAGGUUGUUCUCAUUCAUCAGCACCUCAAAACAACAGAGUAUUGCUAGUUCUGAUAGAAAAGGCAAAGGGCGGAGAAGAAAACUAGAUAUUAUAUUCAAAAAGACUGAUGAUGGGAUAAAACUAUGGAGGGAGACUAAUGAUGAUAUAUAUUGGAAUGUUUUUGCCAAAGAUAAAGCUGAUAUCCAUAGAUAUUUUCAUAUACAAUUAGCUGAAAUCCCAGUACAACAAUCAGAUGCAGAUACUAUAGACAAAAAGAAGAUAGUACAAAUGUAG